GCUGAUAUUGUUUCGUGUUUUCUGUGGCUGCUCAUCGCGCAGCAAGAUGUUUUUCAAAAUAAGUUAUAUUUUAUUUUUCUGUUGCUUAAAUUUUAUACGUGCACAUGGAACGAAAGCAAUUGACAUGGACUACUUUUUGAGCUUUCUUCGCAACUCUAACUGCUCCACCAAAGAAGGACUACAAUACUGCAAAGAAAAUUGUCAUGGAGUAUCCGUACUGUGUCACAAGGGGGAGUGUUACUGUCAUCAAAGUGUCGUAGAUACUAUAAACUCGCCAAAUGUAGUGGCCAGUGUGGAUCUGAUGAUAGCGCCGAAAGCACCAAUUCCUCCGACAAAUGAAGUUCAAAUAAAUAUAUCUCCACAAAUUGUCCAGAAAAGCGAUGAAGAAGUACCAGUCCAAAUUUCAAGUCGGAGACAUCAAAUAGCCCACUUCUGCCCAAGUCUUGACAUAGCCAGAAAGUGUAUCAGGAAGUGCAUUCAGCUCGGCAAGGCUGCGUUUUGCGGAAAGGACCACCAAUGUUACUGUGGUCACAAAUAUAGCUCCCACGAUGCACCUGACAAACAAGACGCAUUGGAAGUCUAUAAGGAAUUCUCAGACAUGUACGCUAAAUACUUUGGAAACGCUGAACCUGACACGGGAAGUGAUGAAAAUUACGAUGAGUUCUUAAAAAAGAAAAAAUUGUCGAAUAAGGUUACUCAUCAUUAAUCAAAUGCAUGGAUUAAAUGUAUAUUCAAACGUC